ACCCAUUACGAUUACCAAACAAGGGCAGCGAUGCCACUUCAAGAACCACAAAAUUUAGAAACUCUGACUCCAACUCCCAAAAAUAGAAGGGUAUUGCUGUCCAAGUCUGAAUACCCAAAUUAAAUUUCUUAAACCCUACCUGUCCCACCAGGGCUAUAAAAGCCAAACCAACCUUCAAUACCAACUACCUUCCUUUCCCUCCCUAUUAAGCCACCUCCUUAGCUUGUACCCUGCAAGCUUGCUUCCUCUUGUAUUGCAAGCAAUGGAGCUCCCAAACCAAAACUUCCAGCUUUACCAAUAUGUCUUCCCCUCUCAUCUUGUUUAUCCAUAUCACUUGACCCCAGAAAACUAUGUGCACUGGACUGAAACCCCUGAGUCUCACAUUUUCUCAGCUGACCUCCCUGGUGUGAGGAAGGAGGAGAUAAAAGUGGAAGUGGAGGACUCAAUAUACCUGAUAAUCAGAACACAGAGACUUGAUGAUGGUGAUGAGGAGUCCACAGAGGCUAGGAGGACCUUCACGAGGAAGUUUCGGCUUCCGGGUACGGUCGAUAUCGAAAGAAUCUCAGCUGCAUAUGAAGAUGGUGUGUUGACAAUCACAGUGCCAAGGUCAUUGAGGAGGAGUUUCUUUAUUGAACCAGCUGACAUGCCUGAAAGGCUUGAUGUUCUUGCAAGAGCUGCUUGAUUUUCAAGCUGCAAGAGUUCAAACAUAUGGCAGUUUUUAUCACAAUUAAUUAGGUGCUAAGAUUUAGUUGUUGGAUUCCACAAUUUUAUAUACAAACUUUCGAAGACUACUUUUCUCAAAA